GUUCUCACGGGUUUGAAAACUUCUCUAAUCAUUUUGGUUCGGCCGCUCGUUUCGUGUUCGGACCAGCCACCGUUUCAGUUUACUUGUGUGUCGCUAACAUCUUGGGACAACAAAACAGCAAAGCAACAGAUAAGCAUGGCCGCCAAAGAGAAGGCCCCCGAGGAGCUCGCCAAAGCGGCGACACUCGCCCACGUGCCUGGUGGUGAUGAAUACGAGAAGAUGAUCUCUGGCAUGCUCUACGAUCCUCUGGAGAAGGCGCUGGCUACCGCCCGGUUCCAAGCGCGGAGAUGGUGUCACCAGUACAACAACUACUUCCCUGACGACCCUACAGCGGGCUUUGAGUCGCUAGCUGCGGAGCGGCUGCGCAUGCUUCGCGACUUUUUGGGACACGUUGGCGACGGAACGUUCAUCGAGCCCCCUUUCCGGGUCGACUACGGGUGCAAUAUCCGGCUCGGCCGCAACUUCUACGCCAACUUUAACUUGACGAUCCUGGACUGCGCCAUCGUCACCAUCGGCGACCGCGUCAUGUUCGGUCCCAACGUCUCCCUCCUGUCUGCGACCCACGAGACGGACGUCUCAUCUUUCUCCGGCCCCGCUGAGGAGUUGAGCAUGGCAACGCAGACUGUCGAGGUUCAGACAGAGCUCGUAGAGAUUCCUUCAGAACCCCGAAGUGAAAACAGAACAUCGACGCAAUCGGACCAUGAUGGCGCUCCUUCCGCGGCCAAAUACGAUCGAGCAACCAUCUUGAGGUCCAUAAGCGCCGGCUUCUCAUUCUUUGUGGCAGGAGUCAACGACGGGAGCAUGGGGCCCUUGGUGCCCUACUUCAUGCGCCAGUAUGAAAUCAACCCUACCAUCGUCUCCGUCUUAUUCGCUGCCAGCUUCUUUGGUUGGCUCUUCACCGCCGUCACCAACACGCACAUAUGCCAGUACCUCGACCUCGGCGCCAUGCUCGCCAUCGGGGCAGCCAGCCAAGUAAUAGGCCAGGCUCUGCGGUCCUGGGGCCCUCCCUUUGGUCUCCUCGCCUUCAGCUUCUGGUUCAUCACGGUGGGCCAGGCAUUCCAGGACACCCACGCUAACACGUUUGUCACCAAACUCCCGUCGGCGCACCGUUGGCUGGGUUUCAUCCACGCCAUGUACAUGGCCGGCUGCCUCGUCGGCCCCUUCGUCGCGACCGCCGUCGCCUCGGCCGGCUCCGUCUCGCGCUGGUAUCUCUUCUACACCUUCCCGCUCGGCCUGGGCGUCGCCAACCUGGUCCUCGUCUUCGUCGCUUUCCGCUCCACCGUCGGCCGCCUGCCGAGGAAAAGGACGGUGACCUCCUCUUCGUCCCCCCACGCCGCGGCCGGUGAGGCGGAACCCGCGACGUCCCGGAACAAGGCCGCCGCGACCCUUAUCAAGAACACCGUCCGCAUGCCGACCGUCUGGCUGCUGAGCUUCUUCUUCUUCUUCUUCCUGGGCGCCGCCGUCACCGCAGGGGGCUGGCUUGUCGAGUACCUCGUCGUCGUCCGCGGCGGCGAGCUCGCCCAGAUGGGCUACAUCCCCGCAGGGUUCAACGGAGGCUGCUUCCUGGGGAGGCUGCUCUUGGCCGAGCCCACCAAACGUCUCGGGGAGCGCAGAAUGAUCCUCGUAUACUCCGUUUUGUGCAUCGGGCUCCAGUUGCUCUUCUGGCUAGUUCCAAACAUCAUUGCGGCCUCUAUCGCUGUAAGCUUCUUGGGUUUCUUCUCGGGCCCCUUCUUCGUUACUGGUGUCUCGGUCGCCUCGAAGUUGUUCCCUCCAGCCAUCCAUUCCACAGCUCUUCCCCUCGUCUUCGUCAUUGGGCAGAUCGGAGGAUCCGUGUUUCCCAUCGUCACCGGAAUCCUGGCCACCCACGAGGGCGUCAAGGUCUUGCAGCCCAUCCUGGUCGCCCUGUUCGCCUGCACCGCUCUGACGUGGCUGUCCAUUCCCGCUCCAAAGUCAACCGCGAACACAGCCCUUCAUCAGGAAUGAAGUGCCCUCUGCUAUGGCAGCCGAAUGAUAAUGCGAGUCCUUCGCCCGCCAAAGCUGCCUUGCCCCCACAGAGAUCAGUCACCUACAUCGCGCCGAGUGAGGUUCGCUGGUGCGUCUCAGGGCGCACUUGAUGUUGACGGUGCUGUUGCAGUAUGAAUGAUGCACAUUAUCAGCCUGACAUGGACUUGCCUGUAACGCAUCAAGGUUACGAGUGUUGAACUGGCGCUUUCGCCUCAGAGAUGUCGUGUAUAUAGCUUGUCCAGCAAAGACACGGAACAUCACCUAGUGCUUGAGGUGGUACUUU